UAGAUUAAGGAAGGAAAAGAAUGGUGAGCAGAGCUGCAAAUGUGUAAGGGAGGGGAUCUGUAGGGUGAGUAUAGACGAGAGCAACACCAGGGAGGGAAUUACUACUGUCACUCCUCUUCAAACCCACCUGUAACAACCAGAACAGCUGUACACCCAGUCAAAGGAAGAGAAAAAGGCUCAGUUAAGCCUAGCUGUGGGACGGAAAUACUGUUGGGCAAGCUGCGGCAGGUGAAGUUGGAAGCGUGUACGGUAGAGGAAGUACCACAGAGAUGAUGUCUGGGAGACGAAAUCAGUGUCGUCACCCCAUUUUUGAUGACUCAGAGGAAGCCAAUGGGAACCACGCAGAUAAUGGACCAGAACCAGAACCUGAGGAACUGGAUUGGGAUAGCUAUAGCACCACACUGGAGCACAGAAUAGCAGCUGAGCAGGAGAGUGCCCAGGUAUCUGAGCAUCGCUGUGCCCAACUGGAGAAGGCAAGGCGUGAGCUGGAGCAGCAGCUGGAGGAGGAGGAGGUCUGCUCAGUCCAGCUGGCCCUUCACAGAGACAGGCUGGAGGCCGAGUGCAGCAGCCUCAGACGAGACCUGGAAGAGCUGGAGAGCGCUCUGACUGUAGCUGAAGAGGAUAAACAGCUGUCACACAGUGAGGUAAGGACGCUGUCAGAGCAGCUUUUUCAGAGGGACGAGGUGGUGCAGAAGCUGCAGAAGGAAAAGGAACAUCUGGUGGAGCUCAGCCAGCAGGCCAUUGAGGACCUGCAGAGUGAAGAGGAGAAAGUCAACCUGCUGACCAAAGAGAAAACCAAGUUGCAGAUGCACACUGAAGAUUUGGAGUACCAGCUGGAACAGGAGCGCCAUCAGCGUGCUGAGCUAGAGAAGAGCAGGAGGAGGCUGGAGGGGGACAGCAGAUCUUCGCAGGACAGUCUGGGAGAGAUGGAGAAGAUGAGGAAUGGUCUGGAAGACCUCAUUAAAAGGAAGGAGCUGGAGAUCAGCAGUACCAGCUCCAAACUAGAAGAAGAGGAGGCACUUAACUUUGGACUGCAGAGGAAGACCAAGGAGCUACAGGCUCGCAUCGAAGAGCUGGAGGAGGAGCUGGAAGCAGAGCGGACCAUGAGAGCCAAGGUGGAGAAGCAGAGAGCUGAUCUCACCAGAGAACUGGAUGAUCUCACAGAUCGCCUUGAAGAAGCAGGAGGAGUCACCGCCUCACAGAUGGAGGUGAACAAGAAGCGAGAUGCAGAGCUGCAGCGCCUGAGACGAGACUUGGAGGAGUCCUCUGCCCAGUCUGAAGCUCAGGCUGUGUCUCUGAGGAAGCGGCACAGCGACGCCGUCACAGAGCUCACAGAGCAGUGUGAAGCUCUGCAGAGGACCAGAGCCAAACUGGAUAAGGAGAAGCAGAACCUGAGGAUGGAGGUGGAUGACCUAGCUGCUUCACUGGACAGUUUACAGAAGGCCAAGGCAUCCUCUGACAGCCAGAUGAAGAAGCUGGAGGAGCAGCUGUCUGAGGCCAACAGGAGAGGAGAUGACCUGCAGAGGACGCUCACUGAGAUCAGCGUGGCCAAGAACAGGCUCACAGCUGAUAAUGCCGACGUGAGUCGACAGAUGGAGGAGGCAGAGACCAGAGUGAGCCAGCUGACCCGAUCCAAGACUCUCCUCCAGUCACAAGUGGAGGAGCUGAAAAAACAGCUUGAUGAGGAGGUCAAGUGUAAGCAGGGGGUCAGCAGCACUCUGAGCUCAGUGCGGCAGGACUGCGAGGUGCUGAGGGAGCAGCUGGAGGAGGAGCAGGAGAGCAAGCAGGAGAUGCAGCGCCUCGUCUCCAAACUCAACAGUGAGGUGACGCACUGGAGGACCAAACACGAGGCCGACACCAUCCAGCACGCAGACGAGCUAGAGGAGACCAAGAAGAAGCUGGCAAGCAGGCUUCAGGAGGCUGAGGAGGCCGUGGAGGCCACCCAGGCAAAAUGUUCCUCACUGGAGAAAACCAAGCAGAGGCUGCAGGGAGAGGUGGAAGAGCUCUGUAUGGACCUGGAGAAGGCCAGCAGCUGUGGGCAGGCUCUGGAUAAGAAGCAGAGGGUCCUGGAAAAGCAGCUUGGAGACUGGAAAGAGAAGUGUGAGGAGCUGGUGGCCGAGGUAGAGGGCUGCCAGAAGGAGAGCAGGCAACAUGCCAGCGAGCUCUUCAAACUCAAGACGGCUCAUGAAGAGACUCUGGAGCAGCUAGAGGCUCUGCGCAGGGAGAACAAGGCCUACCAGGAGGAGGUAGCAGACCUGACAGAGCAGCUGUCCGAUGGAGGCAAGAGCGUGCAUGAGCUCCAGAAAGCAAAAAAGAAAAUUGAGAUGGAGAAAGAAGAGCUCCAGGCCUCGCUGGAGGAAUCUGAGGCCGCACUGGAGGCUGAGGAGACCAAAGUGCUGAGGCUGCAGCUCGAGUUGUCUCAGGCGAAAGCAGACCUGGAGCGCCGACUACAGGAGAAGGAGGAAGAGGCGGAGGCUGCGAGAAAAAGCCACCAGAGGGCGUUAGAAUCCCUGCAGGCCAGUCUGGAUGUAGAGGUGAAAGGGAAGUCGGAGGCACUGAAACUGAAGAAGAAACUGGAGGCUGACAUCAAUGAGCUGGAACUGCAGGUGGACCUGCUCACCAAGAGCAACACAGAGCUCAGCAAGAACAGCAAGAAGAUGCAGCAACAGAUCAAGGAGCUGCAGGCUCAGCUGGAGGAGGAAGUGAGGAGCCACGAGGAGUGCAGGGAGGAGCAGGUGGCCAUGGAGCGACGCUGCUCUCUGCUGGUCAGCGAGGGUGAGGGGACCCACGCGGCCCUGGAGAGCGCCGAGAGGGCCCGAAAGGCUCUGGAGAUAGAACUGCAAGAGUCCGGGGAGAAAUACAGCGAUCUCAACAACCAGUUCCAGUCGGCUCUCAGCGGGAGGAGGAAGCUGGAGGUGGAUCUCCAGACUGUGCAGCAAGAGCACGAGGAGCUCCAGGCCGAGAUGAGAGGAUGCACAGACAAAGCUAAGAAGGCCACCUGUGAGCUUGCACGAGUUGGGGAGGAGCUGCGUCUAGAGCAGGAGCACACGCUCCACCUGGAGAGAGUGAAGAAAGGACUGGAAGCCCAGAUCAAAGAGAUGAGCAGCAGACUGGAGGAAGCUGAGCAGAUGGCUCUGAAAGGAGGAAAGAAGAUCAUCCAGAAGCUGGAGGGAAAGGUGAAGGAGCUGGAGCUGGAGCUGGACUCUGAACAAAAGCGGCACGCUGAGACAGUGAAGACGCUGCGGAAGAACGAGCGUCGGCUGAAGGAACUGCUGUUCCAGUCGGAGGAGGACCAGAAGAACCAGCAGAGGAUGCAGGAGCUGGUGGAGAGGCUGCAAAACAAGAUGAAGGCCUACAAGAGACAAGUAGAGGAGGCCGAGGAACAAGCUAACAUGAACCUGGCAAAGUACAGGAAGACCGUGCACGAGCUGGAUGAUGCCAAAGAGAGGGCGGACAUUGCUGAAUCAGCGCUCACCAAGAUUAGGACCAAGAACAGAGGAAGCUUCGGCAAGGGAUACUCCUCCGGUUACAGCACUCCCAGGCCGAGUCCGGUCACCCAGUUCAGUGGGCUCGGAAGGCAGAGGAGAGAAGAUCCUCAACGAUGGCAAGGAGUCAGUCAGCUCCCUCAUCCCAGCCUAUCUCAACUCCCUCAAGAAGCUCAUGAUUGAUUAGGAGCAUGGCUUCAAUUUCACCAUCAUCCCCCAGAAGUGAAGCAUGGUACAGUAUGAAGUUUGAAACCAUGGGUGGAACCUGACUUUUUUUUGUGUAUGCUGUACAUUCCUGUUGAGUUUUCUACAAUGUACUUGUGGCUUCCUCUCUGAGUGAAAGCUCAUAGCCCUGACACAUUCCAGCUUUAUAUCCCCUUUUUAUCCAUUUAUACUGUAACAUUUGUAUGUAAAAACUAAUAAAUGUAUUUCUAAGUGUUCCAGAUUUCCAAAUAUCUAAAGAACAAUCCUCAGGCUGAUUCUCAGUCUGGAACACACCAUUUUAUAUGAGAUAUUGUAUUUGUUUAAUACAUAAAAAGCCAGACAAGACAAAGCAUCAAUAGUUACAAAAUAAAGCUGGCACCCAGAAACUGCAGUUCCUCUAAUGGCCACACGAGGCUGUUCAAAAAGCAAGUCAAUCCACUACAGACUUCCAAAUCAAAAUGUGCAACUUUACUGUACUGACAUAUAUACGGGGUGGCUGAGGCUAUUCCAGAUAUUUGUGCUUUAGCAGAUAUCCUUCUCUUUCUGUAAACAUGCAGAGUUUAUGGAUGCAGCUUGCUAAUCAAGCCUGCUAGCAUUAGUAUUUACACUUCCUGAUUUCUUCUUUUUUUUUUUUUUGCCUGUCACUUCCUGAUUUCUUAGAUUUUCAAAUAUUUGUCACACAUGCAUGUUUCAGAUCAAACACACGUGGACAAAAGUAACUGAAGUAAACAGAAAAUACAGUUUUUACAUGAUGAUUUCAUUUAUUAAGGAAAAAAGUAAACAAAAGCACCGGGGGCUAUGUGAAAAAGUAACUGCCCCUCAAACAUAGUAACUGGUUUGAGGGGCAGUUACUUGGGAUGGAGCGUUUUUCAUACAUUUCCAGGAAGGAUGUUGUUCCUCUUAGUAAAUAAGCUCAUUAUUUAAAAUCUGCAUUUUGUAUUUAUUCCGGCUCUCUUUUUCCGAUGUGAUCAUCAGGAAACUACUGUUUGUAGUCAAGAUUUCCUACAUUUAAGCAAAUGCAUGACAACCUUUAAGAUAAAUAAGGUUCAAACUGGCUGCAGUAUUUAUUAAACCAUACAUGCGAGAGGCUACAGGGAAGUUUUUGAGUCCGUACAUAAGUGGCGACUUAAAUACAAAGCACUUUUUUUCAUGAUUAGUUUUUGCCUUAUAAAUGACUUCAGUCACUAUCAUAAAGUGCUGCUGGGGUGCUGUCAGCACAUGGAGUAGUUUAGGCCAUUAAUGUCAGUGUAUUUUCAGAUUUCAAAUGUAUCUGUCUGAACUUUUCACUGACUAAACCUGUAACAAGACCUGACCAAAUAUGCUGUUGAAUGUGAAUAUGUUUUUUUAAGGAAAUAAAAGACCUUU